CGGAAGCGCGUUUGCGAUACCUCCGGUUCCGGCGCACGGUGCCCUUGUGCAGCAGGGCAGGAUGGCGGCGCUGGUGCUGCUGCGGGCGGGGCUGGCGCGGCCCCGCGGCGUCCCGACGGCUCUGCUCCGCGGAUCCCUCCUCCGCCGUCCCGCCGUGUUGGCGGCCGCCGACCGCAGCGCUCCGGCCCGGCAGAGCCACGGCGGCGCCCCGCAGGGCCACGGCGGUUCCAAGGCUGCAUCCCUGCACUGGACCAGUGAGCGAGCAGUCAGUGCCCUCCUGCUGGGGCUGCUCCCUGCUGCAUACCUGUACCCUGGAGCCGCCGUGGAUUACUCCUUGGCUGCAGCUCUGACUCUCCAUGGCCAUUGGGGUCUUGGACAGGUGAUAACUGACUACGUCCAUGGAGAUACUCCUAUCAAAGUGGCCAAUACAGGUCUGUACGUACUGUCGGCCGUUACCUUCGCUGGCCUCUGCUACUUCAACUAUUAUGAUGUUGGUAUCUGCAAGGCUGUGGCCAUGCUGUGGAGCAUCUGAGAUGCAACAAGUUGCUGGAAAACAUGAUUGUUCCUUGCUGCCUCUGCUUUACCAUAUUUUUAACAAGAAGCUUAAUGUGAGAACAAUGAAUAACCAAGGGCCCGUAGUAUGUACAUAUAGCAGCCAAUCCGGAACUCGUCUUUCAGAAAUAAGUCCCCAUCUUUCUUUUGAUUUAUUGCUACAGUGGGAAAAAAAAAAUAAGGAAAGGAGUAGAUUUAAAGUGGGUAAUGUCCCACUUUGAGUUGAUGUGAGCUGCACCGCAAAUGGGAAGGGGUGGCGUAAAUAAUAAAGUACAGCUGAGGGUAGUUUCCUUGUACAGGCAGCUUCCAUGAGUGGUUUCCUGGAAUAUUGUCUUGUGUUUUGUAAAGCAAACUUCAGUGAUAAUUGAACUAUUAUUUCUGACGUCACAACUGAACUGUGUGUAUUACACUCCCUGUAACUCUUUGGGCCCUGAGAGUUCAUGUAGAAAGGGAAUACUUUUUUCUUAAUCCAUGCAAUAAAGAAUUUGCAGAAA